AUGGGUAAACUAAAUUUAGUAGAUUUAGCUGGAUCUGAAAGACAAACUAAAACAGGAGCCACUGGAGAAAGACUGAAAGAAGCCACAAAAAUUAACUUAUCCCUAAGUGCUCUUGGAAACGUCAUAUCUGCCUUGGUGGAUGGCAAAGCGAAACAUAUUCCUUAUCGAGACUCUAAACUUACAAGGUUAUUACAAGAUUCUUUGGGAGGAAACACGAGGACGUUGAUGAUAGCAUGUGUAAGUCCGUCGAGUAGAGAUUACAUAGAAACAUUGUCAACAUUGAGAUAUGCAAAUAGGGCUAAAAAUAUUCACAACAAACCGAAAGUAAACGAGGGAAAGAUCCAAGAAAAGAGAAGUAUAGGGAGGCGUAAAAUGUCAUGGCUGCGCAACCUGAGAGAGGGGUACGGAUGUACAUCAAAUAAACUUUCCAGAGCAGUCGUCUCAAAAGUCCGAAUGGCUAUGAUGAUUGCCGCGGAGAUGGCACUUGAAGAAGAAAAAGAACAUAGGGAAAUCUAG